CCCUUAUCAUUGUUCCACGGUUUAUUGUUUAUAAACAUUGGAUAUUCGCCAUUCGCGGGUUUUCGAUUUCGGACACAAUUCGAGAGUUAAAAAUUGACGACUUACGACAAACGUUGACGACAAUAUGGAUUUCGAGGAAUCGUUCAUGAACGCUCAGGAUUUUGACAAUCUUGUUCAAGUAGAACAAGCGCAGGAGAUGAAAGAGAGCACCACGACGACUCCGCCUCCGGUGGCCAACAAACGGGGACGUAAGCCCGGAAAGAAGUCUAGCGAUAAAGUGGACAUCAGAGCCAAAUUAGAGAGGAGCCGGCAGAGCGCUCGGGAAUGUCGUGCUAGAAAAAAGUUACGGUAUCAGUACUUGGAGGAAUUAGUUACAGACCGAGAAAAGGCGGUUAUAUCGUUGCGACAGGAACUGGACAAAUACAGGUCAUGGUGUGUUGAGGUCGAUGAAGGCAGGAUUCCGGAAGGUCUUCCGGGGCUUUUGGAUGAAUUGGGCGCUGUAAAACAAGAAUCUGCAGGCGGUGUACUUAUCAUGUAAUGUUUAAUUAUUGUUUUUAUUGUUUGUGCCAUGUUUCCAUUACAUAUUAUGGGUUUGUUUAAUUUUUUUUCUGAAGUCUUUUUCAAUCUAUUGUGUUAAAAUGUUUAAUAUUACAUGUAUAUGAUAUUGUUUUGUUUACAAAUAAUUAAUAUUUUAUAUUAACUAAUAAAAAUAUGUUUUACUCAUUCA